UCACAUUGCACGCAUCCAUAGCAGAGCAGACAGAGAGAGAGAGAGAGAGAGAGAGGAGGAUGAAGCUGCAGCUGCGGGUGUAUGCGAAAACGAGGUCCUUCAGGCCAUCGACGAUUCCCCGCCAUUUAGAGUUAUCUCAAGGGCAUUUUUGUUCUUUCAGAUAAGGGGAUGAACUUUGGUUUGCUGCAACGGCCGAUGGACUGGUAGAAGUUGAAAAGAAACGGUAUCUGCAGGAGCACCGAACCCAAGAUACAGAUGAUGAUACUUGCCGUUCGAGCGGCGGUCUUCUAAAGCGGAGGGAGCGGCUCUUCUGACACCGCCGGCGUGGCGGCGGUUUCCGACAAUCCUCUUCUCAAGUGGCCGCCUUCUCGGCAAGACGGUGAAGGCGGCCGCAUCGGGCUGAAGGAGGAAUGGGCCUUGGAAUUUCAGCCGAUGGCGACAUCGUUGGAGAUCGGAGGCGAGAAAUGCGGCGGGCUUGGGAUGGAGGACUUGGAGAGUAUGCUGUCGGUGUCUGUGGCGUCGCCGCCAGGCGACGAGCAGUCGUUCUUUCAGUGGUUCGAUAUGGACGGCAGUGGGGCUUCGAUGAAGCAGCUGCUGCUGAGUGGGUGUGGUUCGUCUGCUGAGUUCAAUGGCGGGGCUGCUGGUUUCGGGCCUGCCGAUCUGGGUUUUGGGUUUGAAUCUGUUUCGACGCCGGCAAAUGCGAAUGCCGUCAAUCCUCCAUUAGCUGCUGCUGAGUUUCCUCUCAGCAGCAGUAGACUGGUUUCUCUUCCAAACCCAAUUACGUUUCCUAAUUUUAGAGGGUCUUGCUUUGGCAGCAGCAACAACAGUAGCAGUACUCCUCCAAACCCUAUCUCUUCUCCUUCAGCUAGUAAUCUCCUUCUCCCUCUUUCUACUCCACCUGGCGCAUGUUAUCAUCAUCAGCAGCAGCAGUUUGAACCCAUUGACGAAAAGCCGCAGCUUUUCAACACCCAACAUCUCAUAAACCAGCAACAAGCACAACCUACUCAACAACCAUCUUUCUUCCUACCCUUAUCCUACGCCCAACAGGAGCGGCAACACCUCCUCCUCCCUCCUCAGCUCAAACGCCAACGGCCCAACAUUGUCGAUCCCAGCUGUCCGAUCUUGAAAGCCCCAUUCUCUGAUUCAAGCCAUGAGCUUUUUGUCCGACUACAGCAGCAGCAGCAGCAGCAGCAGAGCUUUUCUAAUCUGCAUCUCCUUCCUCAGCAACUCCAGCAAAGGCCUGCUGAGCCGAAAUUGGAGUGCAGCUCCGGCGAUGCAACGAAUCAGCAACAGCAGCUGCAGGCAUCAAUCAACCAGCUCUUCAAGGCCGCCGAGCUGGUCGAGGCCGGGAAUUCUGUACUCGCGCGAGGGAUAUUGGCGCGGCUCAAUCAGCAGCUCUCCCCCAUUGGAAAGCCCCUCCUACGGGCGGCUUUCUACUUCAGGGAAGCGCUGCAACUGCUCCUCAAUACCACCGCCACUGCCCCUUCUUCUCCCCUCCUGUUAACUCCUUUAGAUGCCGUCUUCAAGAUCAGUGCCUACAAGGCCUUCUCUGAGAUCUCGCCGGUCCUCCAAUUCGCCCAUUUCACAUCCAACCAGGCCUUCCUGGAAGCUCUUGAUGGGAAUGACCAUAUCCACAUCAUCGAUUUUGAUAUCGGCCUCGGUGGCCAAUGGGCCUCUUUCAUGCAGGAGCUUGCUUUGAGGCUCAGCGGCACCCCGUCGCUGAAAAUCACUGCCUUUGCCUCCCCAUCUUCUCAUGACCCCCUCGAGUUCAGUCUCACCCAGGAGAACCUCUCCCACUUUGCUCGUGACCUUGGCAUCCCGUUUGAAUUCAAUUUCAUCAACCUCGAAUCCGUUGACCUACCGGUGAUACUCAGCCCGUCGGGACACGAGGCGGUCGCUGUGAGCUUCCCCAUCAAUGGCUCUAUGAACCUGUCUGCCCCGGUACUCCUCCAUCUUGUGAAACAGCUUGCCCCCAAAAUCAUCCUCGCCGUCGAUCAUGGGGGUGACCAGAGCGAACGCCCCUUCUCCUGCCAUUUCCUCCACGCCCUCCAAUCCUAUGCAGCCUUGCUAGAAUCGCUUGAUGCCACUAAUGUGAACUCCAAUGCGGUGCAGAAGAUAGAGAGGUAUCUACUCCGCCCAAGAAUCGAAAGCACAGUCCUGGGACGGCACCGGGCGGGCGAUAAGAUGCAUCCAUGGAGGCCACUUUUCGCAUCAACGGGAUUUUCACCUGUACGCUUCAGUAAUUUUACAGAGAGCCAAGCGGAAUGCCUAGUAAAAAGGGUACAGUUGAAGGGAUUUCAUGUAGAGAAGCGCCAGGCAUCGCUCUGCCUCUGUUGGCAGCAUAGGGAGCUCGUCUCAGUGUCGGCAUGGAGGUGCUGAGUAGUGGCAUUUUCACGGGCACGUCGCUACGCAGUUCCCCACUUGAAGGUGACACACAACUUACCAGACUCUCUGCCUUUAUCUUAAUAAAAUCUGAAACUUUUCAUGGGUGUUCUUCGGUGUUGGCGUCUGUUCUCCGUCUUCCCUGCAUUUUCAUUGCCUGUAGUUCUCUCUCUGCUAAUUGCCAUGUUGAAGUUAUGAUCAUUUGAGAAACUGGAAAUUUUGGUACAGUUCUCUUUAUAUUGAACAUGGGUAUUUAGUAUUGUGGGGCUUUUCUGUUUUUGCAUCUGUUCUAGGUGGUGGUCGAUUGUAAAUGUAUAAUUGAAACAAGGGUAAGAAAAUCAACCUUGAAAUCUUGUUGAGAUUGUGGGUGGUAAUGCUUAUGAUUCCAUCCAAUGCAAUUUCAGUUUGAUUAGUGAAUGGCAGUUAUAUUCAAUAUGCA